AUGACUUCAUUAUGGUCAUUAUUAUCGCUAUUGUUAUUCGUUAUAUUUAACAUUGUUCAAAUAACUCCUGUUCUAAUGGUUGAUGGUAGCAAUGAUCAGGAUAGUCUAAAUCCACUAUUAUCGGUAACUGAUGGUAUUGAUGCUAUCGAUGAUGUCAAUUCAUCUAAUCAACAACAAAAUAUUGGACAUAUAAUUAAAAAUAUUAUACAGGAAACUGAUCCGAUUGUACAAAAUUUAUUAUUAAACCAAUUACGUGAAGAUUUAAAUCGUAUGUGUAUUCAAGGACAUUUUGGAUCAACGAUGGCUCAUGCAUGCAAACAUAUUUUGAGCCAUACUGUUCAACAACAAUUAUCACCAUUGAUGAGAGAAUAUCAGCAUAAACAACAACAUAACGAUGAUGAUAUUGAUUCAACAACUCAAACAAAACAAUUACAAAAACGAUUUUUUUGCAAUGGUUUCAUCGGAUGUAAACAUGGAGGACGUUAA